UACAUGAGUACUGUACUUAAUGUUUAUAAAAACAGACAUCACGUGUUUGAUAGGUUAUAUUAUUUAUUUUACAAUUUUUGUGGUAAAAAAAAGGAGUAACAAAUAAAAAUGGAUACUGAUCAAUUACAAGAUCAAGGUGGAUUGAGAGUCGAUGGAAGAAGACCCUUAGAAUUACGUCAAAUAAAAGUAAGACUAGGUGUCUUUGGUCAAGCUGAUGGAAGCGCUUACCUAGAACAAGGGAAAACCAAAGUACUGGCUGCUGUCUAUGGACCCCAUCAGCCAAGAGGUGCAUUGGCACGUAGUACAGCAAACAAGUCAACGAAAGGUUUGAUAAAUUGCCAGUACAGUAUGGCGGUAUUUUGUCUCAGUUCUGGCGAGCGUAAAAAACGUCCGCGAGGUGACAGAAAAACCCAGGAACGUUCGAUAGAUCUUCGUCAUGCCAUGGAGUCGAUAAUAAAUCUCGAGCAGUUUUCGCGCUCGCAAAUUGAAAUAUUUGUCGAGGUGCUGCAGGCUGAUGGCAGCGACUUUUGUUGCGCUGUAAAUGCAUCAACUUUGGCGCUAAUUGACGCCGGGAUACCGAUAAAAGAUUACGCUAUUGGAUGCACGGUUACGCUACCGGACUCGAACAGCAGCUACGAGGACGCAGACACUCAGGGCAUUGGGGUGUUGGACGCAAAUAAUUUAGAAGAAAAUGGACCCGGGGUUACUUUGUCCAUCGUCGCGUUGCCAGAGACCACGUGCGAGCUGACCAAGGAACCGGGUUUGAUAAUCGCCGCUCAAGGGUCCGGUCGGCUGCACUUGUCGAGGCUGGAGGCUAUGAAAGUUCGCGCGCUCAUUGGCUGCAAAAAUAUUAAAAGUAUUUUAGAUCAAGCUGUCAGGCAGCAUCUUACUGUCAAUUCAUUACCUUCUUUGUACAAUACACCAACUGUUGAAUGAUUUUUUUUUAAGGCCAUUCUUAGACAGUGCCCCCCACUUUUUAAAAAUUUUCAAUGACUUUCAACUGUCAUAAGCGUAUCCAAUUUUUAUCAAUUAAUUAAAAAAAAAUUAAAGCAUUAAUUGAAAAAAGGACAACGUAGAAGUAAUUUCGCAGAUGUAUAGAUUAAAAAAAAAAUUAUUUACACUUGAUAUCAAUUAGGAGUUAAGCAAAAUUCGUUAAAUAAAUUUCAGUAAAAUCGUCAUGUCAAUUUUAUAAUUCGAAUUUUUAAAUUUUGGCGGCUAAAAUUUAUUCAACAAAUUUCGUUUAACUCCCAACUGAUAUCAAUUGUAAGUAAUUUUUUUCAAAUUCUAUAUCUCAACGAAAUUACUUCUACGUUGUCCUUUUUUCAAUUAAGGUUUUAAUUUUUUUUUAAUUAAGUAAUAAAAUUUUAAUACGGUUAUGACAGUUGAAAGUUAUUGCAUAUUUUUAAAAAGUGGGGGGCACUGUCUGAGAAUGCCCUUAAGUACUACUAUUAUUUUUUAUAAUUAAAAAAAAUAAAACGAAAUUUUUAAUAAUA